AUGCCCCGGGCGGCUGAGCCCCCGUGGGCACAGUCCUGGAGUCGCGCCACCCCGACCGGCGUCGCCCGCCGGGAAUCCCCGGACAGCUGGCCGGCGCAGGGCGUCCGGGAGCGGCGCGCGACCGCCCUUCCCAGCGCAGCCCCGCGACCAGCUCGUCGGCCACCGCGACCGCCGCCGGCCUCCCCGCCCUCCGCCGCCGGCCGCCGCCGAGGACUGAGGUGCGGCCGCGCGGGGCGGACACUCGCGCACGGGGGCGGCGCGGCGGCCCGGGACCCUGCGCCGCCCGCCGCCCGCCGCCCCGCACUCACCAGCGCCCGCCGGCUCCUCGGCGGACGCGCGGCCGCCUCCCCGAUCGCCUCAGCCGGCGCGGCGCUGCCAGAGCCCGGCCCCGCCCACCGCGCCCCGCGGCGGCCGCGCUCCUCACGCCCAACUUCACGUCGGCCCUCGGCCCGCAGCACCCGCGCCGCGGCGGCCCCGGCUUCCCACAGCCACCGAGCUGCCGGAGCGGCGCCCGCGACGGCCCGUCCGCACACUGCGCACGCGUGCCCGCGCCGCCUCAGCCCCCAGACGGCGGCCGAGAUUCCGAAGCCGGCGCUCCCAGCCCGCCGAGACUACAAGUCCCGGCAGGCCCCGCGCGGGUCCCGGCGGCGUGGCGGGCCGGGCUUCGGGCGUCUUCCUAAUUCCAGAGGAGGCGGCCUCGGCGCGUCGGGGCGGGCCGCGCGUGGAGCCCUGGUCCGCUGA